AUGGAGGAUAGCCACUUCCCUUCUCUUCUCAACACAGCCUUUCUGCUAUGUUUGAUCCCCACCAGCAGCCUCAAACAACUCCACUUUGGGCACUGCGUGGUUUCUGUGAAUAUGUAUGAAAUACAGAAGGGCUUUGGAGAGAUCAAAGAAAUGACUUCUGAAGAGAGGUGUUGCUUCUUUCAGUACUUGUUGAAAUUCUACCUGGCCAAUGUCUUCAGUCAAUGCAGGGAAGGAAGCAACUUUCAUCAAAGGAGGGUCAGCCGGAUUGCCAACAACUUCCUCAGCAUCAAAAAGGAGCUGACUCUCUGUGAUACUGUCACAACAUGUCCUUGUGGGAAGGAAGCCAGUCACAAAUAUGAACAAAUCCUGAAACAAUUUCAGAAGAUGGACUCUCACUCUGCAGCACUGAAAGCACUUGGGGAGCUUGAUAUCUUGCUGGACUGGAUUGACAAGGCUGAAUAG